AAAAACUAUUGCAAUUGUACACAUUAGCUGCUCAGCAUCUUGACAAAAAAUGGAACAAUAUUUCAUGCUGAUUUAGCUUGGGAGAAAGAUGAUUUGUCUUGUAUGACUGCGAUAAUUCGACGUACGAGCACGAGUGCAAGAAUACUUUUUCAUCGAGGAUAACUGACCCGGCCCAGCAAGUCGUUUUACUAUGGGGAGGGGGGAUUUUUCAUUCUGAUACCAGCGCGGUCCUUCUCAUCCGGGACCAACAAGCCUCAGCUCUAUCCUGUGCAAAAGCAUCGUAUUCGUAUAAAUGCAAGUCUUGCAUUACAAAUCUUUCUUUUAAGGCAAAUCAGCAUUACAAAUUUUAUUUCUCAUGCUGAGAAAAUUUGUAAUGCAUUUAUACGAGUGCGAUACUUUUGCAGUUCAUAAGCUCCGAAGGCAAGCAACGUAUCCUGUGCAAAAGUAUCGCACUCGUAUUGCAAUCAUGCAUAUACUAAUCGUAAUCUUUUUCUUAAGGUAAAUCAACAUGACAGAUUUUCUUGUUUCUCAUGCUGUCUGAGGAAAUUUUUGUAUAGUGCAUUUAUAAUAUUAAUACCACGAGCGCGAUACUUGUUUUGCAAGUCAUACGACGAGCGCGAAUUUGAUUUUUGGCAUCGGCUACAGCAAGACCGCCACGGAGCACAUGGACAAUAUCAAAAGGAAAAAUCCCCCCUCCCCAUAUCAAAACGAAGUUUCUGAUGCAGGAUUUGCGUACACAAAUCAGCUUUGUAUUGCAGGAAGGCACUGCGGUCGGAUCCCCAAGCUAGGUAGGGGCGUAUGCGUCUAGUUGUUCAGCAUGGUAAGCGGCUCCCCUUUAGGCCCAACAGCAUGACAAAUCGCUUCCAUAAUGGGGCAGAAGCUUCUGCCCUUGUCUUCUUGCAAAACAAAUCUGAUUUGUGACCUCAAAUCAGCAACACAAAUUUUCGCAAACAUGCAUUUUCAAUAUGGGGAGGGGGGAUUUUUCCUCUCAAUAGUUCCAGCCAGACGACCAGACCGAAGAGGGGAAGAAGAUGGCCGCGGACGCUUUUUCCAACAUUGCUAUGCAAAGCCCGGAGGAGAAGCUUUCCGAAGAUCCGCUGGACCCCGAUGGGCUGCACUCAGCCUGGGUAUCAAAUGUAAAAAUGUCUGGGUCUGGAAGAAUUCAACUUGUCAUGCUAAAUCUGAAGCAUGCAAAAAUCUGUGUUGCAUGAUUACCAAAAGUCGUCCAGUUUUGACCAAGUCGGGAGGUAGUUUCUCAUGCAGGAUAGGCAUUAGAAAGGUCUCGCAGAAUCUGCCAUGCUAGGUUCUGCAUUCCAGACCUCAUGGGUCAGGGAAAAGCAGCAUGACAAAUCGCGCACUCUUCCAGACCCAGACAUUUUUACAUUUGAUACUGGGACACCUUUUACGAUUCUUUUCUUUCCGGACUCCUUACCGGCCACCGACGCGACACGCGCGCGGUUUUCCUUGCGAAAGGGAAUAGUGAGGACACUGUAAUGCGCUGCCAAGCAUGACAUGUAUUUCCGUGGUUUUGAGUUGCGUACUUCGCAUGAGAAACUGCGUUUUUGCAUGACAGGCAAGACGAGGAGCUCUUUGCGGUGACGCAACACAGAGUUCAGAGUCAUGCCAGAUUAGCAUGACAAAUCUCGCAACUUCCCAGAGGACCCAGACAUAGUUGCACUGGAUAAGGGGGAAGAAUUACCGAUUUUAGCGGAAGAGAUUGCCGAUGCGGAGGAGCUGUGCUUCUUCUUCGAGAACGAAAAUUUGUCGAGACGAGAUUAUUCACCUUCGUCAAAAUCUCCCUCCAAAUCAACAACGCGAGCGGGGCCUGGAGGUGCGCAACUAUCCUCGUCGAAACAAACCACGACGGUUGUUAUCCAAAAGCAAACCCUGGGUCUGUUGAUGAAGCAGGCAGUUGAGAUCACGACGGCGUUCCGGACAGAUUUGCUCAUCCUGGAGUUUGACGAAGUAAUUCUGUCGAAGAAGAACGAGAAAAUCGAGAAGCUAGACAGUCAAAUCAAGCAAUUCUGGGUCAAGAAAGUGAAUCAGCUCGCAGGACCGCACGCCGGCCACCGACGCGACACGCGCGCGGUUUUCCUUGCGGCGCACAGUUGAGCUGGCCAGAACACUGGGCCCGCAGCGGCCGCGCAGCUAGCACAGGGCGCGGGCGGCAGGGCCGCGGAGUAGAUCUCGGGGCCGGUCGGCGCGCUUGUACGCAGCCGGCCCUCAGGCCUGGGCCAGAUCUUGCCUGGGGCCCGCCGGCUGCUCCCGGUCAUCGAUCUGCGCCCCCGUUUAUUCGAAUCGAAAAGGUGGCGAGCGUCCCUGUGCGCCGCUGCACGGGGGCGCCUCCAGAUAGAAGUGUCACACGGACGCCCCACGACCGCGCACAGACGAAGGCGCAGCGGCGCGUUGGUGUUGCCCGUCCUGGGGCCACCGCCGCCACCAAGUUAUCACACCCACUGCAACUGUCGUGACAGCGGGAAACCUCUCCUGUGAUUUGGUGGCAUGCAGGCGCCGCUGCCGGGCCUUUGUAACAGGACAUUUUGAAGCAGAGGAAACUUCGUGAACAGAAAC